UCCGACCGGGCCCAGCGCUGCACUCCGAGCACUCCUGAUCGAAUGAUCGGCGAAGAUGUUCAUGAGACGUGGAGACCGACGCAUGCGUUCAGGGUAUUUCCAAGGCGCGCACAGGAUUGCGUGAUGUUCUGUGCUCAGAUGUGUGUGAAUGUCCAUGUUUCGGUGUUUCUCCCGAAUUACCUUUGAUGUAAGGCCUUCGAACGGUGGCAGCGGCCUCUCUUAAGGUCAGGUGACGUCAGAGGGCAGGACGAGCUGUGCCGAGCAUUGCGACACGCUUAAGCUCAACACUAAAUUCUGCGUUGAUCAGGCACUGCACGCUUAAAUGAUAGGGGUCAGAACUCGCACAGCAGGCACUGCUUAACGUGGGUUCUUAUCCCAGCCCUCGUUCAUUUCAAGGGUUCAGGAAUUAUAUAUCUUUUAAGAUGUCACAGCCCGCACGAAAAUCGGACAAGAGCCAGGCUUAGCUGUGACAUUUUUCAGACGUCCUCUCGGACACAAACACUCUGAUCAUUUCUGUGUUUGGACAGAGCGACAAAGGCGACAGCAGGGCACCAGAAUUGGACACCGACAGAUGAGUCGCACGGUCAUGGGUGUAACCAGAUGGGAGAGAGGGGGGGGGGGGGAGGGGAAGAAGCCCCGGGGCCCUGUCUCGUCCACUUUAAUAUACUAUAAUGUUAUACAUUAAACUCCAAAAUCCAAAUGCUUCACUUCUUCCCAAUUAACAUACGCCACUUCUGGAUUAGGCACUUUCGCUCACGGGCUACCCGCAGCUUCCUACACCAACGCGCAUCCAUAUCCUACGAGCGGCGUGGAAGCCUGGCCGUGUCUCUACAAUACAUAAACAUCACCACCGACCCUCCGACCAGGGGCGCUCCCAGCGCCGCGCUCGGCUCUGUGGGACCGUGCGGGGCUGUCUGCUAGCCGCACUGCGGCGCCGACAGAGUCUCGAGUCGCUUCUGCCCGCGCCCCGACCAGGCCCACCAGACGGUGCAUUUCCGGGAAGGCUGUGGUCGCAGAAGGCCGAGAACAGAUCCGGCGGUCGGGGCCGUGUGCUGCCGACGAGAAGGUCGGGGAGAGGUGAGGAUUGAAGAGAGUCGCGCUCUCGCGCACUGAUCCGCUAUGCUGACUAGUGAGCAACUCCAGCAGUUUGAGAAUGACGGCUACGUCGUCAUCAAGGGCUUCCUCUCGGAGGACGAGGUGACUUCACUGGAGUCUGCCCGCGCCCGCAUCGUUGACGAGAUGAACCCGAACGAGCACCAGAUCAGCGUCUUCUCCACCGUCGAAGACCGCCAGAUCAGUCUACGCGCCAAGGACGACUACUUCCUGCAGAGCGGCGACAAGGUACGGUUCUUCUGGGAGGAGGGCGCCAUCGACGAGAAAGGCCAGCUCACUGUCGACCGCUCGCUAGGCAUCAACAAGAUCGGUCACGCGCUGCACUGGCUGGUGCCCGAGUUCCGACGCGUCACGUUCAGCGAGCGCGUGCGCGCCUGCUUCCGCGCGCUGGGCUUCGCCGCGCCCGUCGUGGCGCAGUCGAUGUACAUCUUCAAGCAGCCGGGCAUCGGUGGCGAAGUAACGCCGCACCAGGACGCCACCUUCCUCUACACGGAGCCGGAGAAGAUCGUCGGCCUCUGGAUAGCGCUGGAGGACGCCGAUCGCGAGAACGGCUGCCUCUGGUUCGCGCCCGGCUCGCAUCGCGACCCGCUAACGCGCCGCUUCGUGCGCAACCCAGACCCAAGCGGGCCGCGCCUGGUGUUCCGCGGCGAGCAGACGCAGCUGGAGCAGGCCGCCUUCGUGCCGGAGGAGGUGCGCCGCGGCGACUGUGUGUUCAUCAGCGGGCGCGUGCACCACUGCAGCAGCGCGAACCGGUCGACGCGCUCGCGGCACAUCUACACAUUCCACGUGGUGGAGACACAGGACACCCAGUACGCGGCCGACAACUGGCUGCAGCCGAGUGAGGCGCUGCCCUUCCCGCCGCUGUACGAGCAGUGACGGCUGCUGGCUAUGUGGGGCGGACAGCGGCGGGGCGCGCGACAGGUGCUGUGUCGUCGCGCCGUGGUCGGCCCCGCAGGGCCUAGCUGUGCCCGCCUCGCCGCGGAACGUGACAGUGCUCUCGCAGUGCAUGGCUUGACGUCAUGAUGAGGAGUCCAACAUCUGCGUCUCGCUCUGGCUGUGCACAGGACCGUGCCCCGAUUGCUUCGUUUGGGUUUUUGCCUUGAUUUCUUCAUGCUGGUGUCGCGGUCAAGCGUGUCCGUACCAAUCAAUACCAGCCAACUAAACGCUUCACUCCGAGACUAACAAGGCUUGUAUGCUGUAGCAUACUCAUGCGGUGCCCCACCCGUCUUGAAAAUUACGUUGAUUUAUUGAAGUACGAAUAAAAUCUCAGUUAAUUGCA